AUGCUUGACGCGAACCCCUCCUCCCAAGCUCCCGACCGGCUCUCAAACGGAUUCCCUCAGCCAGUCGGUCGACCCUUAUCGACUUAUACCCCGCCAGGCCAGAUCCUGACGGGGAAGCAAGAACACUACCUCAAGCGCGAGCUGAUCGCCCGGCAAGUCCGUAAUGAGAUCACCGAAUUGAACUCGCCGACCGCCCUGCACCGCUUUGGGGCGCCCUUCAAGUCGGAGUACGGUGAAGUCGCCCCCGUCGAUUCGGAGCUGCCUAUUCUUCGAUAUAUCUUUGUGCAUCACGUGCGCCGGUUUCCGUUCCUCGACCAGGCGCGCGAGAAGGAGUUCUGGCAGGAUAAGUUGCAAGUGUUUCUGGAAUCGUUCGCGAAGAAACACGUCUCAUCUUCCGAAGACCGUCUCGAGGAAACUAAGCGCAGGAAGCUGGCGCGGAAAUGUGAGAAACUUGUCGAGCUGAUGAUGGUGUCGGGCAUCCCCACAGCUUCCGGGUAUGAGGAGCGGAUACAGUUCUCGGAGAUGGAGGUGGUGGAUCGAGGUGCGAAUGAGAAGGGGCUUCUGGUUAAUAUGCCCGAGGGGCACGCCAUCCAUGGCUGGGACGUCAACGUUGCUGCGGUGCGGGUGACGUCGGUCAAGCGGACGGUGCGGUACCAUCAGCAUGCGGAAUUCAUCCUCCGUGUACGACGUGAGGGCAAGCCCGACAUAUUCGUGGCCAGGCGAUAUGGGGAGUUUGUGAAGCUGCAUAAGAGACUGCGACACGAGUUUCCUGGCAAGACAUUGUCCCCUCUUCCGAGGAAGAACAAGACAUCGACCGCUGCGAGCUUCUUUGGCUCGGCGGAUGACGAUGAUGCCUCCAUCUCAUCUGUGUCGACGCAGGGCACAACUGAAGGAUACAGUGGUCGGACGCUCGCUCCAGGAAACCACCACCAUCGCUCGUUGUCCCGAUCUUCGAUGCGGUCUACCAAAUCCGCCAGAGUUUCAGGAGAAAAUCCGAGAGAAGCAGUGCUCUACAGAGAGGAACAGCGGGUCUCCCUUCGAGCAUUCCUUCGCACCUUGCUGCAGAACAACCGGAUAGCCGAGUCAAAGGCCAUAGAAGAAUUUUUGACUGCGCAACCGAUCACUUUGAAUGAAGAGGAGACAAUAGACAUGAACAAAAGAAAGGAAUUGGACGCCAUCAGGAUCGAGGAGCAGAAACGAUUCUACGAGAUUGCAAGACAGCGUGCAGCGGAGUUGGAUGUCUACAUGGAGAAGUUUCGCCGCGAUAUUGUGGAGAGCAACGGCCUGACAAAGUUGUUCUCUGAGAUUCGUGAGAAGAAUACCAUCGCGGAGUUGAGUCCUCAGUAUCAAAAGUUCGCUGAGUGGCUUCGGAUCGAGGUUGCCGCGACCAUCUACCACCUGUUUCUGGCCGAAGACAACUCCCCCGAGCUGUUCGCACAGGCUAAGAGGAUACAUUCCCUUGUUCCCUACACUUUGAUGAAGAAUGUCAUCCGCAUCGCCAAUCCCGCGGCGGUGAUGACUGGUGUCCUGGAUCUUUUCCUCGCCCAGCCGUUUGGAUCGCGGUCUCUCCUCCAGCGUAUCUUUUCAAUAGCGCUGAACGACGGCAUCAAGCAAUUCCAGAAGUCAAUCGAUGCGCUGGUCGCCAAGGUUGAUGACCCUAUCCUGGCUGGAAAGCUCAAGGCCUUUACAAAUGCCGAUGAGGAUGUCAAGAACGAAAUCAGGGAAGAAGCUGUUGCUGAGGAUGUGGACUUGAUCGUGGCAAUUCUGCGAUCAGAACUCUUACAGCCCGAGAUUACCCCCGAGCAGGUUGGCAAAGUAUUCAACGCUUACGUCGCCUGGAAUCAUGCUGUAGACAAUGUGGACCUCGAGAUGCAAGAAGGAGCGCAGUGGUUUGCAAAUAUGAAGCAGCUGCUGAAACUCUACACCCGACAACGCGACAAGGCCAUGAUGCUCAGCAUCGUCGAGGAACCGGUCACGCUUCAGUUAUUCCGGGAUCUAUUUACUAUCUUCUACGAGCCUCUGGUGCGCGUUUACAAGUCUGCAAAUGUAUACAGCAGUAUCACCGACUUUGCACAAUUCGCCGACGACGCAAUCGCCGUCAUUGAAAAGUGCCAGCGGCAAGACGUGUCCGCUGAUCCCAACCAGACCGUCCAGGCUUUCAUUGAUCUGUGUGAGCGUCACCAGGAUAACUUCUACAAGUUCAUCCACGAAGUACAUCUCCAUGAUAAUGGACUGUUUGGUUCCUUGAUGGCUUGGAUUGAAGACAUUCUGGAGUUUCUGCGUCGUGGACCUCAUGGGGGAAAGCUUGACAUGAACGCCCUGCUUCAUGGAGCCAAGGAUGUCGGCCAGAUCGACGAGUCCAAAGCCCUCGCAGAGAUCGACUCACUGAUCAAAUGGCACGCGGAUCGAAAGCGCUGGCAUUUGAAUAAGACGCGGCAGAAGAUGGCUGCGGAAGGAACUGGGAACGAGACCUUUCCUGGCAGCUCAACCUUCCGGAGCAGUGAUUUUGGCUUAGACGAGGCCGAUCUUGAAGACCUUGCCAUCUCUGACGACGGAUCGGAACAGUCUGAGGAACUGGAAGAAGAGGACGACGUUGAUCCUAUCACGGCCGAGCGACGCCGCCGCCACAAGAAACAAGACCACCUGCGACGUACUGCAGGAGAGCCAGUGAAACCGGAGGUCCAGGAGAUUCUCAAGCUAUCGGAGCCGUUUGGGGCCAUGUUGCGACAGGUACUUGCGGAAUAA